AUGGAAUACUUGGCCAUCGACUUAGACUUCCACGAGCCUAACAUAGUGGGAUUCAGUUCCACGUUAGUUUAAUCAUUGAGUUUAUUUUGUUUUAAAAAUUUCCAGAAACGCUACUUUAUCUGCAUGCAUUCAAAGACUGAACAAGCUGACCAUUGAGACCAAAAAAAUUAGGGUUGAAGGUUGGGAAAGGGUCUCAUAUUCCACUAAUCCAUGUUAUUUUCUUGCAGGAGAAGCCAAUGCAAGUUUUCUGAAGAAAUGUAUCGAUGAAUCGGAGAAAAAGGCGCGGAAUUUGGCUGAAAUCUCGAAAGUUGCCGUUAAGAAAAGCUGAAGAGGUCGUUCACAGAAAUCUCGAUGAAGGUUGAUCAUUUAAGGGUUUUGAGAAUUUUUUUAAAAUUUAUUUUAGUUGAUCGGAUUUCCGAGCGAGCUUUAGAAAUAAGCUCUUCUGUGCAUGAAAACGAUGUGAUUCGUCUUGCUGAUAUAACUUCCGUUCUUCAACAGGUUUCAGUUGAAAUAUCUGAAUUUUUAGCUUGAAAAAGCUUCAGAAAGUCCUUGCGAACAAGGGAUUUGUGAUGAAUCACUACGAUCUGAUCAACAGCGAUUUGAGUCUGAAAUGUUCCGUCGGAGCGCAUGAAAUCGGUCUGAAAAACUUGGAACUUGAUUAUUUUCUGAGAUUUUUUCAGAGAAGCUUCAAAUCGAGAACAAACGACUGAAAAAGCAGCAAGAUUCAAUAAUGCGAGACAUUAAAAAGUUGCAAGAUUCAAUUGUUGAGCUCGAGGUUUGGCAUUUCCGGUUUUUCUGAGUUUAGCCGUCGGUUUUUAGAAGUUCCCAUGUCUCUUUUUCCUGCGCAAAAUACCGUAUCCCAAAUUUAACCCAACUUCGCUUCAAGACCUUUUUUCGCUUUUUUGUUGCAUGAAAGUGCAAGAAAGGCUGUAGUUACUGUAGCUUUUUUUCUGCUGUGUUUUUGAAAAAUGACCGUCUCACGUGGAACGCAGUCUGUAGCUGAUUCCGGGCCGGCUUGCCCAUUUUUUUUCUGCAAAUGACCGUAUACCAAAAUUCGCUUCAAGACCUUCUUGCUGUCUUUUUUGCAGUUUUGUAGAUAAAUUGAGCAAAAAAGCUACUAAUACGGUAGAUUUUUUUUUUCAUUUGUGAUUUUAAUAGCUCUCUGUGAUUGGGAAGAACUCAUUCAUUAAAUUUUUUAAAGGCGAGAAAUGAAAUUUUUGAAGAAAAUCUGGAUUCAUCAAUAAUUUUAAAGUUUCUGAUUCUUAAAUGUCUAAUUUAUUAUAGAGUGAUAUCUCCAGCGAAGAAUUGGAAUACGAGAGAGAUCAGACCAGACGAAUGGAGCAGGAGCAAGUCCGUUUAUGUGUAGUUUGAUCAGAUUUUGAAUGGCAAUGACGUCAUUCAAAAACGCUCUCUGAUUGGUUUAUCGUCCAAAAGGGGCGGAGCUUGAGCGACGACUUGACGUUCAAAAUCUGAACAGUCCACAUUUCAUAUAAUAAAACUUAAAAUUUGCAGGAAGUUAUAGAGAAACUGCAAAAUCAGUUAGACGAUUUAAUUUUGUCGCUUAAAGAGAAGCAAUCCAAGGAGAAACGGAUCAUGCAGGAGGUUUUCCGAGUUUUUUAAGGAAAAAAUAAUUUUUUGCAGUUGAACAAUGAAGAAAUUAGGAAGAAAGAGCUGGACGACGGAAUCCGGAGCCAAUUGGAAGGUCUAAAUGGGCAGAUUUCCCGAGAAGCUGAAGUCGUGGCCGAGAUGGAGGAUCAGCUCGCUGUAAGGGAGAUAAGGAUUAUUUUAUCCUGAAUUUACAGUUUAAAAAAAUUAUUAAACAAAAAAAUAUUUUUGUGUGGAGGGAUUUUGAUCCGAGAUGUAUAAAAAAAGACAUUUUUUUGAUUUUUUUCUUCGAAGUUUCAGCGUAGACAAAGUCCAAAAGGUGUUUUUAGGGUUUUUCUUGAAAAAGGGCAAAAAAAUUUUUCAAGUGUAAAAAGUUUCCCUUAAAGCUCCUUUUUUUACCCCUAGAUGAAAAAAAUUUUUCCGACUUUUGCGUUAAAAAAAUUUUUUUCUGACUUUUGUAGCUUUUGUUUUUCAUUUUAUUUAUAAAAAGCCCGUUGUUACCCAAAAAUCUUGAUGAGGUGCGUCUUUUAAGAGUCUAAAUUUCUAAAAAAAUUCGUUUCUUUAGUUCUUUUCAAACUUGUACGUGUAGUUUCUCUCAAAAUUCUGAGUAAAAUUCACAGAAAUGAAAUAAUUUUUGAAAUGAGACCCUCAGAGCCUUAACUAGUUCCUUUGAAAGUUCUUCAGCAGUUUUUAGAAAUUACGAAGUUCCGAGUAAAAUUCCAUGCCAAUUUUUGAAAAAACAAGUUAAAAGUUCCGUUCAGAACAUGGGCGAAGACGUCGACUCCAUGGGAAAAGGGCUGGGUCCCGAGUUUUGGGACGAAGAAUUGAAGAGUUUGGCGUCGGAAGUCGAUCAGUUGAUGAACGACACGGAGUCUUCUGGGGAAUUCGGCGAGGAAUCCUUCUGGAGCGAGACUUCCGAAGUUUCUUCCGUCGACGGAUCUCGCGACUGGGCCGCCGAAUUGGCCGAUGCGAAACGUUUAUUUUUAGAGGCGUCACGGCGUUCCCAAAUGGGGUGGGGAGAAGUCAAUAAAAUUUUGGCGCGAUCUUUGAAAUCUCAAGUACGCAGCCAAAUGUAUUCUUCAUGCCGUUGAAUACUCAGUUUAAUUUGCAACGUAUAGGCAGCUGUGACGUCACAGUCCUUUUAUCCGAAGCGCGCAAUUACUUUUUUUGUAAAUUUAGAAACUUUGACGCCUCGCUCACCAUCCCUCACCCCAUUAGGAAUGCCGUGGCAUGGUAAAACGGAUGAAUUUAUUUUUUGAAAUUUGUAAAUUCAAGGUGCGACCUCUCUUGUCCCUUUUUUUGAAAAAAACUGUUAAAAAAAAUUUUUUUUCACUUCAUUUUGUAAUAAUAAGUCCUUUUUCCUUUAUUUUCGUCUUCUUAUAACUAAAUUAAGUUUAUAACUGAUAGACUAAUAAUAAUAUGAUCAAAAGGGCUUUUGAAAAGUAAGUAACUUAAUGAAAAAAUAUGUAAUUUAUUCGAUUUUUCGGUUCCUCUGUGCAGAUCAAUCAAAUGACCCGCAAAAAAUGAGUUACGUUUUUUUUACUUGAUUAUCGAUCUGUAGUUUCAAAAAUAUUCAUUUUUUUGAUAGGUUUUUUUAAAAAAAUUUACUAGGCAUCCUUUAGCUUUCUCAUGUAGAAAAAUGAGAACUGAGGCGCUGAAAUUAUAAUUUUUUUUCUCCUUUUUUACACGAAAAAAUGGAUUUUCUUCAGAAAAACUCGAAGCUCUGCUUGACGAAACGAAGAAAGUCUCCAGCCAAGUUGAAAGUAUCAAAAAUGAGGUUUUAACAUUUAUUUAUUCUCAACCUCAUGAAUAUAUCUUUUCCAGCGAUCCACCACCCUUUCAAAGUUGAAGGCCGAGAAUGAAAGUUUGAAGGAAAAUAUCAAGGCGAAAGAAUCUGGAGCUCAAUCGCUUGAACUGAACAUUGGCCAGCACGAAAUGAAGAAAAACGCGGUUUUUUUUUUGCUUAUUUUUGAAAAAGGUCUGAAAAUAAUAGUUUUAGGCUUGAAACGAGACCAACAAACAAAACAAUCGUAGAGAAAAAUAGCAAUAAAAACGGGUUUUUGAAAAAAAUCUGAAUAAAAUGCAUGGUUUGAGAAGAAAAUUUUUCAAAAAUAACAUUGGGAAGCUUCAAUUUUGGCCUUACUGGUUUGUUAAAAAUUUCCUCCUUGCUCUAAAAAUGGUCAAACUUCCUCGAUCUGACCAGGAAAUACGUCGUAAACGUCUUCAAAAACGUCCCUAAAAGGGAAUCUUUUUUCCCCAAAAUUCGUCCAAAAAGCUUUGGAAAUCUACACGGAGGUCUCUUGUAGUGAUGACCUGAAAAAAUUCGUUUUUAAAGGUUUUUUAUUCAUUUGAUUUUUAAGCUCUAUUUAUUUUAUUGGCUAGUUAGAUUCUUGAAUUUUAGAUUCCAAUAAAAGAAGAAGCGAAAAAUCGAAAUCAUUAGGGGCCCUUGUCCAGUAAUUCUAAGAUUUUUUUCGAGCAAAUUUUCAGAAUUUUGCGGAUUUUUUUCUUUUUUGGUGCUUUUUCCCAGAACUUGUAUCUAUUUUUUUGGAGCAUUUUUGACUAAUUUUAUUUUCAGAAUUUUUUUGUAAAUUUUUGUCUUUAAUAUAGUAUCACAAAUAUUUAGGGGACUCUUAUCCAAAAAAAUUCUUAGAUUUUUUUAAAGCGAUAUUCCAUAAAUUUCUGUUCCUUUCAUUUAAAAAAAAUCUUUCUUUUUAGACGCUUUUUUUUCGUGGGAACGGAACAAUAUUUGUAGUAAUUUUAUAAAUUUCCAAAAGUCCUCUAGCAAUUUUUUUAAAAAUUGGAUAGCUUUUCCUUAAGUUCCAGGCUAACAGGUCUUAUUUUAUUUUUUGAACAGGCGGUGGAAAAGAUCGCCCGUCUGAAGCUGGAGCUGACGACGAUGAAGAGCAACGCGAAGACGAAGAAACUGGAGGAGAAGAACCGGAAAGCGGAGGAAGUCGCCUUCUUGGAGGCGGUCAAGGGGGGCGUCGUCGCCCCGACCCCGCAAGUCCGACGCAGCAUCCGCAUUUCCCAAGAAACCCCGCGUUCCAACAAUAUGAGAACCCCGAGAACUCGCGCCGUUCAGCCGAAUGUCACCGUCCCCGCCAAGAAGUUCAGAAACCGAGGACACGAUUCUGAUGGUCAGGACUUUUUCUGUAGUUCGGGGUGAUAAUAAAGAAGAGAAAAUGAGGUGUAGGGUGAUAAAAAAAAAAAACACUUAGUAGGCCUUUUCUGUACUGCAAAAUUAACUUGAAAUUGCACAGAAAUCGGUUCUUUUGAAACAAACUUCGGUUCUUUUUGAUUCCCCACCAGAGGAACUUUUCGAAUCAGAAGUUAGGGAAACGAUUUUCAGGACUUUUUCUGUAUUUCGGGUGCUACGACGAGAGCGAGUUUUCCAUUUGCGAGGAGUACUGUAUCCGGCAAAGCGCAUUGCGUGCAUGCACUCUGCGUGUUUACACUUUUGUGGCGUGACGUCAUCGCGCCGUACAUCUCCGGGUUUUUUGCUUGCGGGUUUUUUUUUUCGAUUUUUUUUCCGGAUUUUUUUUCUUCGAAUUUUUUUUUCCGGUUUGGUUUUGAUUUUGCGAAUAUUUUCGAAACAAAAAGAAAACUUCUUUUUUACCUCAUAAGAAGGCUCCUUUUUGUCCUCAAAAAAAUAUUCGCGUUCUUCUUCUUCUCCUUAUUUUUUUUAUCUCGUUCAGAUUUUGAAAUGAAAAAUAGUGAUGCUAUGAAUGAAAUUCAGGAUGGAAAUUGACGAUUUUGUUAACGCCAUAGUUUUCGACUCAGUUUUAAAGCAACAAGAAAUCGCAAAGGAAGUUUUGGCGAAAAAAGAUGUCCCUGCUCCUCCACCCUCAACACCGGCACUGUACAAGAAUGCAAUUUUCGUAAAAUUUAUGACAACUCCAUUCAAAUCUCUCAAUGUACAUUUAAAAAAACUCUUGCAGAUUUUGUGGGAAAAAUGACUUUUUUUGAUAUGAUUUUUUUCUGUAAAAAAAUUGUUAUUUUCUUAUUUUCUUAUUUUUUUGAUAUAACUUAACUUUGAAUUUUUUUGAUUUGAAUUUGAAUUAUUUCAAUUACUGGUAUUUGUUAUGAUGCAAUUGUUUGAUAUCUUUCUCUUUGAAAUAUCAAUAUUAGCUUACUUCUCUAUAUUUGUUAAGUUGACCUAUCUAUAAGGCAAAAAUUUUCCUAAGCUGCCCCCUUGACAAACAGACUUUUUCAUCAAUAAAAAAACAAGUUUUCUUUUUAUUUCGAAAAUGUUCGCACAAUCAAAAUCAAACCGGAAAAAAAAAUUCGAAGAAAAAAAUCCGAAAAAAAAAACCCGCAAGCAAAAAACCCGGAGAUGUACGGCGCGAUGACGUCACGCCACAAAAGUGUAAACACGCAGAGUGCAUGCACGCAAUGCGCUUUGCCGGAUACAGUACUCCUCGCAAAUGGAAAACUCGCUCUUGUCGUAGCACCGUAUUUCGAGGCAUUUAGAAAAUAGGAAAAUGAAGUUUAGGGUGAUAAAAAACAACUUGUAUACAUUUACCGAAAUUGAGCAGAAAUUGGUACUUUUGAAGCGGAUUUUGGUUCUUUUUGGUUUGCCAUCAAAGGAAAAUUUCGAAUCAGGAGCCAGGGAAACUGUGGUUAGGGCUUUUUCUGAAGUUCAAAGUUUAGAAAGAAGAUAAGUUAAGAUUUAGGGUGAUAAAAACACCUUGUAGACCUUUCCGUACUGAAAAUUUAAUUUAAAUCGCCCUUAAACUUCGAAUCUGAAGCCGAGGAAUCGAUUCUGAUAGCCAUGACUUUUUUUUUUUGAAUUUCAAGACAUUUAGAACGAUAAAAUGAGUUUUGAGGGAAAAAUGUCACCUUGUAGAGUUUUUUCGUACUGAAAAUACACUCGAAACUGAAAUCGUUAUUUUUCAAGUGAAUUAUGGUUCCUUUUUAAUUUUUGUUUUUGCUCUGAAUAACUUUAAAUUAUUUGUAUAGCCCUGGAAGUGCAUAUUUUCUUAUUACAACGAACUUUUUGAUGAAAAAAACACGUUUUUUUAACCCUCGAACUCAAUUUUUACCGGAAACGUGCUUUUUGAAAGUCCCACAUUUGUUCAGAAGACCUGAAUGAGGUCGAUUCGGAGCCUCUGAGCGAUUAUGCGGGCCUUGAGGUCAUGUCUCAGGACAUGAAACAGCGGCUGGCGGUCCUCGAGAAGAAGAAACAAAAGCAGGUCGCUCCCCCCAAGGUCUUCUAUUCCCCUCAGAAUUAUCCAUGUUCGAAGCUUCAGAAAUCCGAAGCUCCCGUCAGAAAGCACAGUCGACUUUUCGAGGUUCUCCCGCUCAUUUUCACAAAAACCUUGAAGUUUUUCAACUUCAGAAGCGUGACGACGUCUCUUCGCUCCUCGAAGAGUCUCAAUACUCGAGCACGACCAACGAGGGAACCAUGCUCGGCGGGAUGUUCAGCCCGUUGAGCAAUCGGCCCGUUUCGCCUGAAAGAGAUGCCGUCCCGGCUGUAAGAUUCUUUUUUUGAUGGGGGGAAUUUAAAAAAAGUACUUUUUCAUUUUUAAGGUUUUUUUCCCACCUUUUUGUCCAAAAAAAGUUGCUAAAAAUCGCUUUUGAGGUUAUAUUUUAGGCUUUAGAUUCGUUUGAAUAUGAAACGUUUAAUAUGAUUUUGAAAAAAAAAAAGAAACAUUUUUAAUUUCUCCCAAAAGUGAAUUUUGCAAUUUUGAUUUUUUCUGUUUCCUCUAAUGAAAUUUUCCGUCACGGAAACUUCCGAUUAAGAUCUUUAACUAUUUUCCGCGAAUUUUUUCGAAAAACGGAUUACGGUAAGAUAUCGUGUGUAUACACAUCCUUUGUUUUCAUGGCGUGAGGUUAAAUCGAGGCUUUUUUUUCCAAAAAUCUUGUGCUAUUUCAAAUUUAUUUUAGUAUAUGCAACGUUAACAUUUACAAAAACGUCAUUUAUAUCUUGAAAAAUCCUAUGUUUCAUUAUUGAGCCAUAUUGAGCCAUUCCAAACGCGGUCAUCUAUACGCCAAUCGAUUAAAACUUUUUGAGAAAAAGUGGAAAAGUACAGAAAUCAAGGACGGGUUGGUUUAUAGAAAUUUUUGAAAAAUAAAGAAAUAAAGAUAAUUUUUUUCAACUUCAGGAAGAGUUUUGACAAAAAUUGAAAUAAUUUUUUUCAUCUCAUGAGGUAAUCGGAAGACUCUGGAGGAGAUCCAUGUAUGUCUUUCAGGAAGCCAACUUCUCAAUGAUGGAUCACUUUGCUGUCUACGAGAAGAAGGCCAAGAAGCCGAAGAAAAUGAAUAAGAAGAAGGUGGUGACGUCUCCAGAAUCGGAGACGUCGAUGGAAUCGGCCAAGCAGUUGACCGACAGUGGCAGCAAUCCUCGGGACCGCAUCAGUCGAAGAUUUUCUUCGGAUAUUUUUCUCAAUGCUGAUGGAAGUUCUGGUAAAAGUUCAGAUAUUUUAGAGGUGAAAAGUUGAAAAAAAAAAAUGGCCGCUACAAAAGUUUAUAGAGAUUGAAUCGCGCUCCACGGCUAAUUAUGAAAAACAUUUUCUAUUUGAGACGCUUAUUUAUUUUUUUUUUUUUGAUGGAUGGUUUUUUGCCAUUCGUGAUUAUCUAUGGAGCAUAUUUUAAUCAACCCUUCAACUUUUUUUAUUCCGAAGCAAAUCUUAAGACUUUAUCGAAAUUUUAAUGGAACACAAGGCGUAUGAACCGACUUUUUUUUUAAUUUUCCUGAGAAGAAUUCUUUUAAAAAGCUGUUUUGAGCCCUUUUUGUCAUUAAACUUGGUUAAAGGCUAUAUUUUUGCAUGGAGACUACAAAAUUGAAAAUGAUUCCAAAUGACUCUUUUUGAGUAUAUUGAUGAUGAGGAUCCUAACAGCGAAAAAGUGUGCGAAAAUAGGAGAUUUUGACGUUUUCUAACCAAGAAGGUGCUUUUAGGUACUUCCUGAAAAUUAGCCAGAACACUUCUAGAUGUAUCAGAAAAAAGAUUUUGAAAGUCUCAACUUUCUAGUUUUCGGGAAAGAAUCCCUCAAAGAAAGACAACUGGAUUUACGUCAAGAAGGGCUAUUUGAGGUUGAAAUAAAGAAAAAUUCUGAAUGGUUAAAGGCAUAGGGGCAGUAAAAAAUGGGGUUUCAGGUGAAUGCAUUAUCUUAUAUAGUUUUUCUUUGCGAAUCGAAUGGUGUACUCGAAAAAAUUAAAGAUGUGACAACUUUAGAAUAAAAACGCGAUUUUACUUUCCCGCCUUUAUUUUUGAAAAAUGCUUUGGAUCGGCAUACGGACACAUGUUUACAGUAGCCGUGCACGCGAUGUUGCGGACAUCUCAUUAGACUCGCAUUUUGUGUGAAAUAACCGGUUAUCUGCUUCAAAUUAAGAGUUUCUUUUCUGAAAAAUUGAUUAAGAAAACAAAAAACACACACCGAUAAUAAAGAAAACACAAAAUAUUGCUAUCCCCAUCGAAACCUGUGUAAAAUCAUCAUUUUUCCCCAGAGAAGCAUUUUUGCGAUUAAAGUUUGCAAAUUAUACAUGAAUAGAAAGCUUUUGUGACGAAAAGAACUUUGGUGACAACAGAAAAAAUUGAAAAUUGAAAGAAACGAAGAAAAAAGCGAAAAUCCGGAAGAUGGCGAAGCCUGUUGUCCAUAGAGCAACUUUACUGCAAAGUGCCCUUUUUGCGGAAACUCAAACGUUCCUCUCUCCGACUUUGAACUAUUUUUUCUCCAAAAAUAGGAAGUUCGGUACGUUUUCAAGUUCACCGUUCGAUUCGCAAUGAAAAGCUCUACAAAAUACUGCUUCGAACUGAAACACCGUUUUUUACUGCCCCUAUGCCUUUAAGAAAUGCCAUCGGACACGUCGAACGUCUCGAUCGCCCUGUCUUCCGACGCGAGCAUCGACGACGGCGCUCCGUUGUUCCUCAGCGACCUUUCCGAUGUAAUGACUCAAGAACUUCCUCAUGAUUGCUCAUCUUUAGGACGCCGACAACUCUCUUAUCAACGACGACGGCGACUUGGAUCAGUCUGAAAUGGAUCUUUAG